AUGGAGUCGAAACUGAGUAGCGCCUUGCGCAUCUGUGAUAAGUGCAAAACCUAUGCGGAACUCUGCAGAACAUUUGACGAGAAGGCUUCCCCAAUCCUUGAACAGGCUCUACAGUCCCCCACUGUGAAGGCUCCCCGUGACCACACCACGCCUGAUGAAUGUAGUCCACGUGUGGCAGAACUGCGCGAGGCCUUGUGCACUCGUCUUGGUGCCCAUGAGGCUACCCCGGCCGAAGACGAUGUGUGGUUUUUGAUCUAUCGUGCGGUCAGCAACCUCGUAGAACGUCAGCAGCGCAAGCGGUCACGCGAUCGAGGUGGCGUGUCGCUCUCGACGCUGGUCACAAACUGCUUUGUGCUCUUGUGUACCCGCACUUUGCCGCAGCUCGAUCACAUGAAGCUGCGGUGGGGAUUUUUGAAAAAAGAGCGCGCGGCAUUGGAGGCGAGCGACGCCUAUGUGCACUCCAACGCCUCAGAGCGGCGCAAACUGCAGCUCAAUGCUACUAGCGUCCUCUCCGUCUUCUCGGAGAAGGCACACAAACACUACUUCACGCUUGUGUGGAUGGUGUGUGUGGAGAAGGCUGGUGAGGCUGCCCUGCACAUUCACCUGCUGCACCGGCUAGGGUCUGUUGUUCUGCCCCACCUCACAAACCCACUCGUACUAGCGGACUACCUCACCGGCUGCUUCAGCAGCGGUGGUAUCGUGUCGAUCCUUUCGCUGCAAGGACUCUUUCUACUCAUGCUCGAUCACGGGCUAGAGUACCCGAAUUACUACGAACAACUCUACAGUCUCUUGACACCCGACGCGUUUGCUUCGCGGCACCGGUAUGAGCUGUUUCGGCUGCUGGAUCUCUCCAUGACAUCGCUUCGCGUACCGUCCUACAUUGCGGCAAGCGUGAUCAAGCGCGUGGCACAGGUGUCGCUGAUGGCACCCGCGCCGACACUUUACUUUACUCUUCCCUUUCUUCGCAAGGUGUUGCAGACCCAUCCCAAUUGUAUAGCUCUUAUUCACCGAAGCAGUCGCGAGGCUGUAGUCCCUGAAGACAUGGCUGAGCAAGACGCGGACACUGCCACUGCGCAGUCUGCCAAGGCGCAGGCAAUGAGCGACACCGCCGCUCUUUUCGACGGCCGUGACCCCUUUGACGACCGCGCAAAGUUGCCAGAAACACACGCGCUGAACUCCACACUGUGGGAGCUGACCGCGUUGGAGCGGCACUUCAUGCCGGUUGUCCCGCUCAUGGUGUCAGCGUUUUCUAGCACGGCAGAGGACAAGACGCCGCUGCGCUACGAAAAGAGCUACGGCCGCCUUUUUACCGCGGAGGUGACCCGGGCUAUCGAUAGUCAUCAUCUGCCCACGAUAGCCUACGAGGCGCCAUCGGAGGCAGACCCAACUGAUCUGCUCUCCUUCUAA